UCUUCAAUCCCCGAAUACUGCUAAAGGGAACCUUUGUUGGAAUUAUGGUUGACAUGGGAAUUAAAUCAGUGUCGGACUGAUGUGGGCGUAAGGGAAGCAAUAGAAAUUUCCUGUUUGGAAAAUACGAGUCGUGAGUUGCUGGUCACAUAUUGUGUGAGUUUCUUUUACUCUUUAAGAGUAUCGUUAAGAACGGAGGAGCCAUGCCUUUCCUUCAUGGAUUUCGAAGGAUCAUUUACGAAUAUCAGCCGCUGGUAAAUGUUGUCAUGCGUGUUGUUGGACUGGAAGAAGAAGGAGGCUGCCAAGAGAACAGUCCUGAGGAUGAGACUAGUCGGUGUGGCGCUUUAGUGGAGCUGCUGGAGCGAGAGUCCCAGUCAGAAGUGUUUCUGGAAGGUAUCAGCUAUGCCCUGUUUAAAGUGGCAGAGCGGGGACUAGUGUAUGCAGCUAAAAUACUUCUGCGCUAUGGAGCUUAUAUAAAUUUUGAAGAUCCAGUGUCAUACUACAACCCAUUACAUAUAGCUGUGCUGAGGAACAGGCCAAACAUGGUGAAACUGCUGGUUGGGCAUGAAGCAGACAUUGAAAAGAGGGACAGGAUCCAUGAGAGCAGUCCUUUGGACCUUGCUAGUGAGGAGUCAGAGAGACUGCCCUGUCUGCUCACUUUAUUGGACCUGGGUGCUGACGUUAAUGCGAGAGACAAACAUGGGAAAACGUCUUUGCUCCAUGCAUUAGCAAGCAGCGAUGGACUCACUGUGCACAACACAGAGAACAUCCAGCUUCUACUUGAGAGAGGCGCUGACGUUAAUGCUGCAACUGUAGACGGAGAAACGGUUGAGUCUUCGUUGGUGUUUCUGGUUAAGGAGGCUCUGGAGGCCAGUGUGGAGGAUGCUGCUGAGAUCGGUAACUUCUGCUUGAAAACCACACAGUUACUGCUGGCUCAUGGUGUGGAUCCCAGCUGCUGCCUGAAUGAGGAUGGCGAGCCCUCCCUGACGCAGACAAGCCUGGAGCACUUUGACUUGCUCUUCCCACUGGCUGUGCUCUUAAUCCAGAGUGGAGCCUCUUUGGUUUGCUCGUAUCACGGUGAUUCCUGUUGGUCGGGUUACAGCCUGCUUUUCCAUAGGCUCCAAACAGCCCUGCAGCAUUGCUCUGAUCAAAGUCAUGGCACUGAGCUCUUGGAGCAAGCUGAGGUGUUGCUGGACUUGGCAAGGGUAAACGUCCCCACACUACAUCUCCCACCCAGGCUGGAGCUUCCUGAUCAUGACUCUCACCCUUAUGGUCAGAAUCUUGUAGACCUGCACGACCGUGUAGUAGAGCGUGAAGCAAGCCCACCACCUCUGCGAUGCCUUUGUAGAGCGUUCAUAAGGGGCUACCUCCAACCCUGGCCACUGCAAGACAAAGUCAAAGCACUGCCCCUGCCAGACAGACUAAAAGACUUUCUUCUUCCUGAGAACACAUACACCCCAAAGCCAGGCUGGGCCUGCUUUAAACCCCAGCAGAGCCAGCAGUAAUAUUAACCACUGAAUAGUUUCUUUGCUAUCAAUAAUCUAAAGUGAUAGAAUGAGCUUACUUGUAGUAUUUUAUGUACAAUAACCCUCCAUUUCUCCAUAAAUUAAGCUAAACAUCUAACAUACCAAGGAGGCCUUUGCUCUUUACUUAUUGUUUGUGCCAAAUCUACAAACAGACGUGUAUUUGUUUACUUUAGGAUACAAAAUUCUCUUUGUACAAAGCAGUCUUUGGUGUGUGACAAAAUUGUCUUUGUUAGGCUUUAAUUGUGACCCAUAUAACUGCAUAAAGAAAGUUGCAGUACUCAAUAAAAGCCACCAGAUGGCAAUGAUGCACUUGAUCAAAAGUAGCUCACAUGAGAUUUAGUUAUUCACUAUACAGCCUAUUAAAAAUGAUCCAGCUGAGUGGGGUCCAUCUAUUAUUUAUAUCCUCAAUGUGAUGUUGGUGUAUUGUGGAAUCUGUUGAUCUUUUUGUGUAAAGUGAAGGUAGAAUAAUAAAAAAUGUGUUUCACCAA